AUGCCAGAUCCAAGUCCAAGUCUGAGUACAUCUACUGUAUCAGACAGUAAUAGUGCAUCUAGUCAUCAAGAGAAGCGGUAUAAUCACCAUCAUUCUCUAAAACAUCGUGGAUCUAAAAAUCAUACUGGGAAGCGUCAAAACAAAAAGGGAGCAUCCAAUAAUGAACAAACACAUGACAAGAAGAAAGAAGCCCAAGACGAGAAAUCAGGAACUGAUAAGAAUGCACCCUCAAGGCGUAAGAAGAACCAAAACUCAAAUAACGAAAGGAAACCAAAAAAUAAGGAUAACGAACAUCACAAUAAUGGCGGCAAGAGGCGACCCACGUCAAAGAAUAAAAAUGAUAAGAAAGAAGGUAAGGAUUUUAAAUUAUCGAUUGACACAUCCAAAAAAGAACUUUCUAUACGAAGAGAGAAUGAAAUAGCUCAAUGCAUACAUGUUUUAUCGGACAGAAAUUUUAGACUUUUCAAGCGUGGGCAAUACGUUACCUCUUAUGGAUUUACGAGAAAUCAAAAAUUAUUAGGUGUUCCUAAUUGCAAAUUCAUUAUUAACGUUCCGUUAGAUUAUCCAAAAUCACCUAUAAAAUUACAGUACGGUAAAUCAAAUGCUCAACAACAACCUGGUAAUUUAGAGGAAAAAUUAGACAGAUUGACAAAAAAUUUUAACUAUAAAUCCAGUCAAUUAUUGUCCCUAGGUGAACCCAUUAUUUCUCAGUUAAAUUAUUUAGUGGAAAGGGCGGAAUAUUUAUCACAGCCAGGUUACAAGUUAAUCGAUAAACGUGAGAAGUCUUUUCAUAGUAAAUUCGUAUAG